GGAUCAUCUCUUCUUCUUCUACGUCUUCAUCAUCAGUCAUCACUACGAAUGGAUCUUACGUUUGAUCAUAGUUUUGUGAAGGUUAAUGGAAUCACUAUGCACGUCGCCGAGAAAAGCCCCUCCGUCGCCGGGAACGGAGCUAUCCGACCUCCGGUGAUACUAUUCCUCCACGGAUUUCCAGAACUUUGGUACACGUGGCGGCAUCAGAUGGUGGCACUAUCUUCGUUAGGUUACCGGACUAUAGCGCCGGACCUUCGUGGUUACGGAGACACCGACGCGCCGGAGAGUGUGGACGCGUACACAAGUCUCCACGUGGUUGGAGAUCUGAUUGGAUUGAUCGACGCCGUGGUUGGAGAUCGGGAAAAGGUGUUCGUAGUGGGACAUGAUUGGGGCGCUAUUAUCGCUUGGCAUCUCUGUCUUUUUCGACCGGAUAGGGUUAAAGCUUUGGUUAACAUGAGUGUGGUGUUUGAUCCUUGGAAUCCUAAACGGAAACCAACCUCGACGUUUAAAGCUUUCUAUGGAGAUGACUACUACAUCUGCAGAUUCCAGGAAUAUGGGGAAAUAGAGUCGGAAUUUGCUAAGGUUCUUAACAUAUCGUAACCCUGGUCUAUCUACUACCUAAAGGAAAACGCUAUGAUGACUCUGUUUCACUUCCCUCUUGGCUAACUGAUUCAGAUGUCAAAUAUUAUGUGUCAAAGUAUGAGAAGAAUGGCUUCACUGGACCAGUAAACUACUACCGAAAUAUGGACCGAACAUGGGAGCUGAUGGGGUCACUAUCAAACGCUAAAGUGAAAGUUCCGGUUAAGUUCAUAAUCGGCGACCAAGAUCUGACAUAUCACAUUCCCGGUAGCAAGAAGUACAUCCACGAUGGCCGGUUUAAGAGCCAUGUCCCGUUGUUGGACGAAGUUGUGGUAAUUAAAGGCGUCGGUCAUUUUAUCCACGAGGAAAGGCCUGACGAGAUAAGUAAACACAUUCACGACUAUUUUCUUACUUUUUAGAGCUAAAUUGUAUUUAGAAAUCACAAACAAAAAGGAAUAAAGAGUUAUAUACAUCUUCCUUAUCAUGUGAAAGGGCAGAGCAAAUAAAACGCUUUAUUUGUCACAAACGAAAACGAUUAAAGCGUUAUAUUUCUUCCUUCUAUAGAAAUCGUUUUCUUGC